AUGAUAGCCGCAAAAGUUCUCCUUUGUGCCUCUUUUGUAUCCGUUGCCAUGGCGCAAAGUCCCGCUGCGCAGUAUGACGCCGUUUGUCCUGGCAAACUCGCGGAGGAGGAGAUCAGCCCGGGGCUCACCGUGCGAUACACUUGUGACACUCUGGGAGACUACGAUCUCUCGAGCCGGACAAAAGGCAGUACGAUGAAACAAUGUGCUGAGCUAUGCAAGGCAGCUGCACAAUGCACUGGAAGCACUUGGGAUAGAGACACAUCCUACUGUUAUCUCAGUGGACCCACGAAGGGCAAGCCACGGAAUGGUUCCGUUUUUAUGGAGGAGGUUGAGGAAGAAGAUCCUUUCCCUAUUGAGGAUGAGGAUGAGGAUCCUUUCCCGGAGGAAACCUGCGAGGAGGCAAAAGCCCGCCUAGAGGCUGAGGUAGCGCAGCUCGAGCAGAGCCAAGCAAACGGACCUAGCGGUGGAUCUUCGUCCAGCAAUGGACCUGAUCGCUACGGCAAUCAAUGCCCCGGGAAUGGGAAUGUCUACACGGUCGCAGGUAGAAAGUGGAAGACUACUUGCCGCGCAUCCAGUGGUAAGGGUUAUGUGCGGCUUGGCCCGAUCAUGCAGGCAAUGACGACCACACAGUGCAUUGAACAUUGUAACGCCACCCCAGACUGUAACUUCGCAUCAAGCAGUACCGUCGGAAAUUGUUAUAUCUACAAGGGAUCUGGUGAUUUUAACUUUCAAAACAACUACAGCGGUUAUCUUGAGGUCUAA